AUGGACCGGCUCCGAUCAGUGGCUGCCGAAGCAGCUCGGCCGUCUCACGACACCGAGACGACCGUCGUCGUCCCGCAAGACGUCGAGAGCCAGCACGUAUUGCCGGAUGAUGCGGCAGGAUCAGGCCAAAAGACAUAUGACCAUGUCCAGCCCGCCAAGAGGUUGACUGCCCACCAGAUCUUUUACAUCCUGGGCAUGCACGGAAUCGGUGCCAUGCUGAUAUCAGGAGGCAUCAAUUUUGGAAUUGCAUAUGCAAUGUACGCCAACCAAGAUCCCGAUACGCACCCAAUCAGGGUCUGGCAGUUCCCCAACACCCUUGCCGGGGACACGGCCGUCACCAUCAUCAUCCAGUGUCUAGUCACGUGGUUCAUAGAAAGCGCCAUCUUAAAGGGGGACCUUCGUGGCAACAAGGUCGAACCCCUCAGACUCCAGUCCCUGCCCAGACCCAAGUCUCGCUUUCUACGCUGGCUAUUUCUCCUCGACGACGACAGGUCCGCCGCCCAUUGCACAGGCAACGGCCCCAAGGGCUUCCUCGCCUUUGUGGUCGCCCAGGCCCUCAGAAGCCUCUUUCUAGCUGUACCUAGCGUCUUGGUUCUGUGGCCGCCGUCAAUCGGCGCUCUGCUGUCACUCGGCUCGACCCGGUACGGGAACGAUCCUGUUUUUAAUCCCAAAUGGGGGCCUGAGAUUUUCAAGGGUGUUCUUGGCGGCGUCCUGGGUCUCUUGACCACGCCUCUCAACGCGAUUUUCUGGAUGGCUCGAGCUGGCUGGGGCGAGACGGUGGAAAUCAUAAGAACUUGA